AUGACAUUCUUAAAGUUGUUACUAAAAAGCAAUUUAAUAUUUUUCGUUACGACAGCUAUUGUUACCGACAAAAAUUCGGAAGAUAAUCAGUUUGAUUAUCUAUCACACAAUAUAAUAGCAUUGCAUUAUGAGAUCAAACUAACACUUCCUAUGAUUGUCGAAAAUUAUACUUUCCAUGGCGAAUCCAACAUUAACAUUAUUGUACGUCAUCCUACGCAGGAAAUAAAUUUGCAUUCAAUAUUUGUAGACCUAAAUAAACAGGCUACAUUAAUUCACGAAAUAUCAAAAAGAAUUUAUAAAUCAUCAACUUAUUCUUGUCAUUAUGAAUUUUUUAUUUGUACCUUUUAUUUUAAUGAUUUGAUAACGAUUGGGACUUAUAUGUUCAAAUUGAAAUACAAUGGUACUAUAAGUGAUCGCGAAAAUGCUGAUGGCUUUAUCAUAACUUCAUAUAAAGAUGGUGAACGGAAUUUUAAGUGGAUUUACUCAGCAGGUAACUUUCAGAGUAUUGUCGGAGUGCAAUAUGUAUUUCCAGUUAUAAAUGAUUUAAUGUUUAAGGCCACAUUUAACAUCACCGUUGAUUAUCCUAAAACUUAUACUGCUUUAUCAAAUAUGCCAGUAACAAACAGAAAGAAUAUUAAAGCUCAUACGAUGAGGGCAAAUUUUCAAACUACUCCUGCAAUGCACCCCUAUCUUAUCGCAAUUAUAGUGGCCGAUUUGGACACGCUUUAUACUAAGAAAACAUACGUUCCGCUGUGGUACAAAGAUUUAAAAAGAGCAAGACAGCUGUAUUUUGCUUUGGACGUUGCUGAAACUACUACUAUAUAUUUGAAAGAUAAAUAUUUUCAGAAUGAUACGUUGAAUGAUAUACCACAAACGAAUUAUGUAGCAAUUCCGUACUAUCGAGAUGACGGCUUGUCAAAUUGGGGAAUCGUUUUUUAUAGUCAAAAAGCUAUUAGCUAUAUUAAUGAAUGGAAUUCUAUUCAGCGCAAGACAGAAGUUGCAGCCUUAGUAGCACGUAAAGUAGCAAAUCAAUUUCUUAAUAAAAUUACCUUAUCUUAUUGGUCUGACAUAUGGAUAAAUGAGGGCAUUGCAACAUUUUUGGGAACGCAUGUCGUCGACAAGAUUUUCACAGAUCUUCGAAUGAUGGAUUUAUUCGUAGUUCGGACUCGAUGUGAAUCUCUUCAUUUGGAAUCUGUCACUAAUGUGCCACCUGUUGUAUUUCAAAUUAAAAAAUCUUAUGACAUCAAAUUAUUUUCUCUUUUCCGUUACAAUAAAGAACAUUUAAAGAAUUAAUCGUAUAUCAUUGUAGCGUUCGUUUUAUUACGUAUGUUAUAUCAUAUAAUUUCCGACGAAAUAUUUCGAAAGAGUAUCUGCAAUUUUUUAAACAAUCAGGUAGAUCAUAUCGGCAAUAUCGAAGAAUUGCAUUCCAGUAAUAUUGCAACGAUAUUGGAAACGUUGUACCAAUGUUGCUGCAACUUACUAUGCUGUAUGGGCAAUGUGUUUGUUGAAUCAACAUCUGCCGAUAAUUUAUGGGCUGUUAUGCAAACUGCUCUGAAUGAAUCUAAUCAUACAAAUAAAUUUAAAAAAAUAGACAUAAAAAAAAUAAUGGACUUUUGGGUAACACAAAAUCAAUAUCCUAUAUUAAAAGUGACACGAAAUUAUCGUGAUGGUCGCACAGUAAUAUGGGCAGAAAUGCGCAAUAUGUCUAAACGGAAUGAAUGGUGGAUACCUGUGACCUACACUACGGAAACGAAUCUUAAUUUUAACAUUACACCUUUCUUCCAAGAAUGGAUAACCUCUGAACAGUUUUUUAUACACUUACCAUCAAUUAAUGUGAAUGAUUGGAUUAUAGUCAACUUACAACAACUUGGAUAUUAUCGUGUCAUGUACGAUAAGGAAAAUUGGCUAAGACUUGCAAGCUAUCUAAAUUCGAAUAAAUAUAAUAAGAUACAUGUUGUAAAUCGUGCGCAAAUCAUCGACGACGCAUAUUAUUUUUUGAUAAUGAAACAACUCGAUUUUGAUAUGUUUAAAGAACUUACAAUGUACCUAUCGCAAGAAACAGAUUAUAUAGCAUGGUAUCCUAUGUUUAACAUUUUUAGAAACAUAUUAAAUCACUCAAAUAUAUUUUCACAUCCGGAAGCUGCAUCUAUCAAGGAACACAUGCGAAAUAUCAUGUACAAUCUUCUUAAAAAGAUUGGAUACGUCAAUCGAGUUGACGAUAACAUUCAUAUGAUAUCUUUGAGAGACGAAGCUGCGGAAUGGGCAUGUUUCUUUGGUGAUGAAACUUGUAGAAAAACAGCUUACAAAGAAUUACAAAACUAUAUGACUCUCAUGACUAAACACAGAUGGUUAUUCAUAACUGAUUUCCAAGGGGCUGGAGCCCGACAAAUAUUUCCGUGCUGGGAUGAGCCGGAUACUAGGACCAAUUUUACUAUUUCCAUAAAGCAUGAUCAAUAUUAUAGGGCUUUAUCGAAUACAAAAGUUACUAACAUGUUCAGCGUUAAGCAUGAAAAGAAUUGGACACAUUUCGAACCAACCGUUAAAAUAUCUCCUCACCAUGUAAUGAUUUUAUUGCACGAUUUUAAACAAGUAGAUAACUCAAACAUGUGGUGUAGAGAACAAGUAAAACAAGACAUGGAAUUCUUACAGUCAAUUGCUCAAUUUGCCACACUUCAUUUAAAAUUAGAAUUUGACGACAUAAUAUAUCCACAAACAGUGAUCCAUGUUGUAAUUCCGGGUUUCUUAGACUCAGGCAUGCAAAGUUGGGGAACUGUCCUUUAUAGAGAGACUAAUAUCCUCUACGAUGAAAAAUUAGAUUUUAUUGCUUGGAAAUUUGAAGUAGCAUUUAUGAUAGCACGUAAAAUUGCACAUCAAUACAUUGGCAAUCUCAUAGCCCAACCUUCAUGGUUUCAUCUUUGGUUAAACGAGGGUAUUGCUACAUUUUUGGCAAUUAAGACAGUCAAUCAGCACUUCUCACCAGAUUAUUUCCAAUUGAUGGAUUUACUUGAUGUAAAAUUUCAGCAUGAGUCUCUCAAUUUGAAUGAUUAUUAUAAUAUGUCUCUUAUAUACGAAAUUGAUACACCAUCUGACAUUAAUUCAAUUUUUUCUUUUACUCAUUAUAUUAAAGCACCUGUCUUUGUACGCUCAUUGGAUAAAAUGCUACCUGAAGAUAUAUUUCGUAUAAGUAUCGCCGAUUAUAUAUCAAAUUACUCGUUUGAAUCUGUCAAUACUUGGACCACUCCUCUCGAAAAGUUUUUUGCUAUCAUAAAAACAAAUCUAAUGAGGGAACACUUUAAUUAUACAGAACACUUUAAUUAUACAGAACAUAUUGACGUAAUAAAGAUAUUUACUCAGUGGGCAAAACAAGAACGCUAUCCCGUGUUGGAGGUGCAGCGAACACCUUUCCUAAACGAGAUUAAAGUAUAUGUAGUUAAAGGCCCCGAAAAUUUGUUGAUUCCUGUAACUUAUAUUACACAGAGAAAUCCUUAUGUUUUACACAAUGCAUGGCUAGAAAAACCAAAUUUUUUAUCUGUUUACGUUCAUAGUAGCGACUGGAUCAUUAUCAAUAUACAACAAACUGGAUAUUAUCGUGUUAAUUAUGACUACGAUAUUUGGCAAAAACUUGGAGACUAUCUAAAUUCAACGGAAUAUUAUAAUAUACAAGUUUUGAAUCGUGCUCAAAUCAUAGAUGAUGCAUAUUAUUUUUUAUCAACAAACAAACUUGAUUUCAAUCUAUUCAAAACACUCACGUAUUAUUUAUCAAAAGAGACAAAUUAUAUAGCGUGGUAUCCUAUGUUCAAAAUUUUAGAACAGAUAUCGGGUUUUUUCCCAUUUCCACAAAGUUCCGAAGUUAAGGAACAUUUUCAGGAAAUCUUGGUAUUUCUUCUUUUUAACAUAGGCUAUGUCGACUUGAAGAAUGAAAAUGAUUUUACUAAAUGUUUAAGGCAUGAAGCCGUAAAAUGGGCAUGUGUUCUGAAUUCUCAAGAAUGUAUGGCUGUUGCCACUUCUGAUUUAAUACGGUUAUACGAAAAGUCAAGAUUACAUCAAAUUUUUCCGGGAUGGAAAGAAUGGACUUAUUGUAAAGGAAUAAUGAAAGCAAAUAAUAUAACUUGGAACAAAGUGUUGAAUGAGGAAAAGAAACCAUUAAACAAUCAACUUUUAGAAUUUUUAGCGUGCUCUAAAUCUGAUACUAUCAUCAUUGACUAUAUCAAUCUUUUAAAGUCGAGAUAUUUUACUGAUGUAAAGCAGUGCAUUGUAAUUUUUCAUUCUAUUAUUGCAAAACAUAUAGACAAUGAUUUAGUCUUUAAAUAUAUUCUACAAAAUUUUGAAAAAAUAGUACCCAGGUAA